UUAAUUGUCCAGGGAGAACCUUCGGAGCACUUGGCUGGCUUCUGGUUCCUCUUUAUUCAAGUGUUCCUUUCUGGUCUCAGUAGAACUUGGUGGAGCGAAACUGAAAGAUUGGUCAGUUUCAGUUGUGCAGUGGGAGCUGUUACAAUUUAUCUGGUGGUGUAAUGCAUGAACUACUAUGUAAGAAUGCUUUUGGAACACUGCUCAAAAUACUUGUGGUGUUCCUGUGAGCAAGUACUUUGCCAUGUUCACAGCUGUCCAUAAUGUUGAUUAUGGCUUUUAACCUCACAGAGAGCUCUGCUAGGCUUUUGGGUACAACCAAGUGGCUUAUUAAAUGCAACAGAAAAGCUGAAGAACUGUCUUUUUUUUAUAUAUAAUUUUCACUGUGUCAUUAUUUUAUGGCAGAUUUUGAAGUGCUUCGGUGCUUACUCCUGAAGAUCCCAUACUUGCUGCUGUCAGCUCACAGAAUGCAGACUACUACCAGUUUGUUCUCCUUUCCAUCUCAUUUCUGUACUUCCUACACCACCAGUAACCCAAUAUGCCAACUGCCUUUUGUGGUUUGUUGUGCCUUAAGUUGGGUUACAGAAUUGAAAUUCUGAACAGAGAAAUGCAUUUCAGCUACACUAAGGCAAACGUUGUUGCUGUUGCUAGUGCCAUUAAUGAAAAUCAUAGUUGCAGCAGCUGUAACAGGAAGAAGUCUUUUGAUACCUUACUGAGACAACCUGGAAAAUUGCUAUUAAAACUGUUCAGGUUUUCUCUGCUUAAUUUGAGUUGGAUGAAACCUAAUGGACUCCUGGUGGUUUGGUCAUCCUUGAGGUCCCUUCCAUCCUAGCCAUUCAUUAGUAUUCACAACAUAGCUGUUAACACUGAGCCUCUUCUACAUGUCUGUUCAGACCACUGCUGCUGUGUUGAGCGGAUUUGAUGCUGGCUUUUCCUGGAAUGCUAAUCUUCACGGUCUCAGUAAAUUUGGGAAAUACCAAGGCUGGAUUCCUGAGCUCUUGAAGCACGUAGAGUGCGGACAGGAAAACCGUUUAGGUUCAAAAGCAGUACCAUCUCAGGGAAGCAGUAGCCUGUUGUGGGUCUCUUGGAGCAAUAUUAAGCCAAUAAUGAGCAGAUGAUACCGGGUGAAUGGUAGUCACGUCACCACUGUGACAUCACCACUGUGGCAACACUGCUCAAGCAGCAUCAACAAGCCAGGGACUACUGUGCUCCCAAGUCAGUAGGAAACAUGCCCAGUAUCACAGCUGCCAAAGUGACUGCAGUCUCAACAUAAAUAUCUGUAGAUUUCGCAGCCAUGUCUGUUAGUGCAGCAGAGAGUGAUCCUCCUAGAUUCUUCGUUGGUGGAGAAGAUGGAGAAGAACUGUUGGAUUCAGCCAGAUCUACAGAUUAUGAACAUUUCUAUGACCAUGGGGAAGAAGAGGAGGAAGAAUAUGACUCGCCACCAGAAAGACAAAUUGCAGUUGGGAUUUGUUCAAUGGCCAAGAAAUCAAAGUCCAAACCAAUGAAAGAAAUUCUUGAACGCCUCUCCAUGUUUAAGUACAUUACAGUUGUAAUAUUUGAGGAGGAUGUUAUUUUGAAUGAGCCAGUAGAAAACUGGCCAUUAUGUGACUGUCUCAUUUCUUUCCAUUCUAGAGGAUUUCCACUGGACAAAGCAGUUGCCUAUGCAAAACUCAGGAAUCCAUUCAUAAUCAAUGACUUGGAUAUGCAGUAUCAUAUACAAGACAGGAGAAAAGUGUAUGGUAUUCUUAAAGCUGAAGGGAUUUUACUUCCUCGUUAUGCAGUUCUGAACCGUGAUCCAAACAAUCCACAAGAAUGCAACUUGAUUGAAGGAGAAGAUCAUGUGGAAGUGAAUGGGGAAAUUUUCCAAAAGCCUUUUGUAGAAAAGCCAGUUAGUGCUGAGGACCACAAUGUUUACAUUUAUUACCCAGCAUCUGCUGGGGGUGGAAGCCAGAGGCUUUUUCGAAAGAUUGGCAGCAGAAGCAGUGUUUAUUCCCCUGAAAGCAGUGUGAGAAAAACAGGCUCCUACAUUUAUGAGGAGUUCAUGCCUACGGAUGGCACUGAUGUAAAGGUGUACACAGUAGGUCCUGACUAUGCUCAUGCUGAAGCCCGAAAGUCCCCAGCUCUUGAUGGCAAGGUAGAACGAGAUAGUGAAGGAAAAGAAGUGAGAUAUCCAGUCAUCCUGAAUGCAAGAGAGAAGUUAAUUGCUUGGAAAGUAUGCCUUGCCUUUAAGCAAACGGUUUGUGGAUUUGAUUUGCUGCGUGCUAAUGGACAGUCAUAUGUCUGCGAUGUGAAUGGCUUCAGUUUUGUGAAAAACUCCAUGAAAUACUAUGAUGAUUGUGCUAAGAUACUGGGGAAUAUCAUAAUGAGAGAACUUGCUCCCCAGUUUCAGAUACCAUGGUCAAUUCCCUUGGAAGCUGAAGACAUCCCUAUUGUGCCAACCACCUCUGGGACAAUGAUGGAGCUUAGAUGUGUUAUAGCUGUAAUACGUCAUGGAGACAGAACACCCAAACAAAAAAUGAAAAUGGAAGUAAAACAUCAAAAAUUUUUUGAUCUCUUCGAAAAAUGUGAUGGAUAUAAAUCUGGAAAACUAAAACUGAAAAAACCAAAACAGCUGCAGGAGGUGCUUGACAUAGCAAGGCAACUCCUUGUGGAACUUGGGCAGAACAACGAUUCUGAAAUUGAAGAAAGUAAAGCAAAACUUGAACAGCUAAAGACUGUGUUAGAAAUGUAUGGGCAUUUUUCAGGCAUAAAUCGCAAAGUUCAGUUAACGUAUCUUCCUCAUGGCUGCCCAAAGACUUCCAGUGAAGAGGAAGAUAACAGAAGAAAUGAACCAUCCCUCCUACUGGUUCUAAAAUGGGGAGGAGAACUGACCCCUGCAGGCAAGGUUCAAGCAGAGGAGCUUGGAAGAGCAUUCAGGUGUAUGUAUCCAGGUGGACAAGGAGAUUAUGCUGGAUUUCCUGGCUGCGGCUUACUUAGAUUACAUAGCACUUACCGACACGAUCUCAAAAUCUAUGCUUCUGAUGAGGGACGAGUUCAGAUGACUGCAGCAGCUUUUGCAAAGGGACUACUGGCCUUAGAGGGCGAGCUGACCCCUAUUCUUGUCCAGAUGGUAAAAAGUGCUAAUAUGAAUGGUCUACUGGACAGUGACAGUGAUUCUUUAAGCAGCUGUCAGCAUCGUGUUAAAGCAAGGCUCCAUGAAAUUCUCCAGAGAGACAGAGAAUUUACUGCUGAUGACUACGAUAAGCUUACACCAUCUGGAAGCAUUUCAUUGAUAAAGUCAAUGCAGGUUAUUAAAAAUCCUGUUAAGACAUGUGACAAAGUCUACUCCUUGAUCCAGAGCUUGACUUCUCAGAUUAGGCAAAAAAUGGAAGAACCAAAGUCUGCAGAUAUUCAGCUGUACCACAGUGAAACGCUGGAACUGAUGCUGCGCAGGUGGGCCAAGCUGGAAAAAGACUUUAAAACAAAGAAUGGAAGAUAUGACAUUAGCAAAAUUCCUGAUAUUUACGACUGUAUAAAAUACGAUGUGCAGCACAAUGUCUCCUUAAAAUUAGAAAACACAAUGGAAUUAUAUAGGCUUUCAAAAGCUUUAGCUGACAUUGUGAUUCCUCAGGAAUAUGGUAUUUCAAAGGCUGAGAAACUAGAGAUUGCCAAAGGUUACUGCACUCCUCUAGUUAGAAAAAUACGUUCUGACCUUCAGAGGACUCAAGAUGAUGAUACUGUAAAUAAGCUUCACCCUCUUUACUCCAGGGGUGUUAUGUCCCCUGAACGCCAUGUUCGCACACGACUGUAUUUCACCAGCGAAAGUCAUGUUCAUUCCCUGUUAUCCACUCUUCGUUAUGGUGCCUUAUGUGAUGAAGCAAAAGAUGAACAAUGGAAACGAGCUAUGGAUUACUUAAACGUUGUCAAUGAACUCAAUUACAUGACACAGAUUGUUAUUAUGCUCUAUGAGGAUCCAAAUAAGGAACUUUCUUCAGAAGAACGUUUUCAUGUAGAGCUGCACUUCAGUCCAGGAGCUAAAGGCUGUGAGGAAGAUAAAAAUUUACCAUCUGGAUAUGGAUACAGACCUGCCUCCCGAGAGAAUGAAGGCUCAAAGAAAACCUCACAUAGAAAUGAUAGUGAUGAGGAGGCACAUGCAUCUAAAAGGGAUGAAACAGAUCGGUCAGUAGUGAUGUUCAAGCCAAUGGUAUCAGACCCAAUUCAUAUCCACAGAAAGUCACCCCUUCCGAGAUCCAGGAAGAUUGGUUCUGUUGAAGAAGAGAGCCCCCUGAGUGUGUCUAGCCCAGAGUGUAUUGGUACCUGGCUGCAUUACACCAGUGGUGUGGGUACUGGGCGUCGAAGACGCAGAUCAGGGGAACAAAUCACUUCUUCCCCUGUCUCCCCUAAAUCAUUGGCUUUCACAUCCAGUAUUUUUGGCUCAUGGCAACAGGUCCUAUCAGAAAGCAAUGCUAACUUACGAACACCAAGAACUAUUCUGGAACAAAAGCAGAGUGGUCUAGGGUCUCACUGUGCGGGCCUGUUUAGCACCUCAGUGCUCGGGGGUUCUUCAAGUGCACCUAACCUACAGGAUUAUGCUCGUACUCAUCGUAAAAAGCUGACUUCUUCUGGCUUCGUAGAUGACACCACACGCGGUUCUGCUGUUAAAAGGUUUUCUAUCUCAUUUGCUCGACACCCAACCAAUGAACACCCACACCUCUUUAGGUGCUGGUCCAUUUCCUCUGUGGAAUUUCUAGGCUCCAGUGGUUUUGAACUAUAUUCCAUGGUGCCUUCUAUUUGCCCUUUGGAAACUCUUCACAAUUCCCUGUCUCUGAAGCAGGUGGAUGAAUUUCUUGCCUCUGUUGCUGCUCCAUCAAAGGAAAACCUACAGGAGACAUCUUCUCCAACUUACAUGAGUCCGUUGUCGGGAAGAAAAAUUCCAUUGAAUACAUACACCCCUGCAAAAAUUCAACCCACACCACUUGAAACUUUGCCUGAAAAGCCAGCAAUAGAGAAACCAACCUCAUCUUCCAGUGAAACUUCUCUCUGUGUACCUGAUGUUAAGCUGUCUGUUGAAGCCUCGCUAGAUGCAGAACGUAGUAGUGACACUCUUUCUGAGAAUAAGUGAAUUUGAUCAGGAACGAAAAACUGGAAAGAACUUCUUAAACAACUUUUUAGUCAGCGUUCAAAUAAAUAAUAGAUCAUGCAAAAGCCA